AUGGAAAUAUUUCUUCCCUUGGCUAUGGUUGAGGAGGUCAGGAAAUCCAUCGAGCCAUCCAUCCCUUCAGACAAUUGCCCAUUACAAGUUCCAGCCACACUUGAAAACGAUGCCCUGAAGAUGUGUCUCUCCCUGCAGAAGGAGUUCUUGCCAGCCAUUGUUACCGUCCCUAAGAAUGACCAACUGAACCGGGGUUCUAGGCCGAGAAGAUUUUUCCAGCCGCGUGGGUUGACGUGUCUCGUCUUGCGAACAAUGCAGUACCUCUUGUAG